ACUGGUGCCCAUCAACCCUGAGAGUGCCCAGAGGCAUGUAGUGGACACGGGAGAAGGGGCCUCCCGGGGUGGAAACACACGAAAAAGCCUUGAGGAAGACGGCUCCACCAGAAUCACCCCGAGCAGUCAGCCUCAUCCCCCACCCAUCAGAAGCAUGAGUGUGAGCCAGACCAUGGAGGACAGCUGUGAGCUGGACCUGGUGUACGUCACAGAGAGGAUCAUUGCCGUCUCCUUCCCCAGCACAACCAAUGAGGAGAACUUCCGGAGCAACCUCCGUGAGGUGGCCCAGAUGCUCAAGUCCAAACAUGGAGGCAACUACCUGCUUUUCAAUCUCUCUGAGCGGAGACCUGACAUCACCAAGCUCCACGCCAAGGUACUGGAAUUUGGCUGGCCCGACCUGCACACUCCCGCCCUGGAGAAGAUCUGCAGUGUCUGUAAGGCCAUGGACACCUGGCUCAAUGCUGACCCCCACAACGUCGUUGUGCUACACAACAAGGGAAACCGAGGGAGGAUAGGUGUGGUCAUCGCGGCUUACAUGCACUAUAGCAACAUUUCUGCCAGUGCAGAUCAGGCUCUGGACCGGUUUGCGAUGAAGCGGUUCUAUGAGGAUAAGAUUGUCCCCAUUGGUCAACCAUCCCAAAGAAGGUAUGUGCAUUACUUCAGUGGCCUCCUCUCCGGCUCCAUCAAAAUGAACAACAAGCCAUUGUUUCUGCACCACGUGAUCAUGCAUGGCAUCCCCAACUUCGAAUCUAAAGGAGGAUGUCGACCCUUUCUCCGGAUCUACCAGGCCAUGCAACCUGUUUAUACAUCAGGCAUCUACAAUGUCCAAGGAGACAGCCAGACCAGCAUCUGCAUCACCAUUGAGCCUGGGCUGCUCUUGAAGGGAGACAUCUUGCUGAAGUGCUACCACAAGAAGUUCCGGAGCCCAGCGCGUGACGUCAUCUUCCGUGUGCAGUUCCACACUUGUGCCAUCCAUGACCUGGGUAUUGUCUUCGGGAAGGAGGACCUUGAUGAUGCCUUCAAAGAUGAUCGGUUUCCAGAAUAUGGCAAAGUGGAGUUUGUGUUUUCCUAUGGGCCAGAGAAAAUUCAAGGCAUGGAGCACCUGGAGAACGGGCCGAGCGUGUCUGUGGACUACAACACCUCCGACCCUCUCAUCCGCUGGGACUCCUACGACAACUUCAGUGGGCAUCGAGAGGAUGGCACAGAGGAGGUGGUAGGACACACCCAGGGGCCGCUGGAUGGGAGUCUGUAUGCCAAGGUGAAGAAGAAGGACUCCCUGCACGGCAGCACCGGGGCCAUUAAUACUGUGCGCCCCACCCUCUCAGCCACCCCCAACCACGUGGAACACACACUGUCCGUGAGCAGCGACUCAGGCAACUCCACAGCCUCCACCAAGACAGACAAGACCGAUGAGCCUGGCCCGGGCCCCUCCAGCGCCCCCGCUGCCCUGAGCCCCGAGGAGAAGCGCGAGCUGGAUCGUCUGCUCAGUGGUUUUGGCUUAGAGCGAGAGAAGCGAGGCCCCAUGUACCACGCCCAGCACCUCAGGUCCCGCCAGGCUGGGGACCCUGCCAUACCCUCCUCUGGCCGCCAUGUCGUCCCAGCUCAGGUGCACGUCAAUGGUGGGGCCUUGGCAUCUGAACGCGAGACGGACAUCCUGGAUGAUGAGCUGCCCAUCCAGGAUGGGCACAGUGUGGACAGCAUGGGCACACUGUCCUCCCUGGAUGGGGUCACCAACACCAGUGAAGGGGUCUACCCAGAGGCCCUGUCACCAAUGAUCAAUGGUCUGGACAAGCCCUACCAAGUGGAACCCAUGGUCAAUGGUGGGGGCUACCUCUACGAGUCAGCCAGUCGGGCGGUCCCUGCCCAUGCUGGUCACCCAGCUCCCAUGCGACCCUCCUACUCUGCACAGGAGGGUUUAGCUGGGCACCAGCGAGAGGGGCCUCACCCAUCCUGGCCACAGCCAGUGACCACCUCCCACUAUGGCCACGACCCUACCAGUAUGUUCCGCUCUCAAUCUUUUCCGGAAACCGAGUCCCAGCUACCCCUAGCUCCAGCCCGCAGUGGAAGCAGCCGGGAGGCAGUGCAGAGGGGGCUGAAUUCGUGGCAGCAGCAGCAGCAGCAGCCUCGCCCCCCUCCCCGCCAGCAGGAAAGAGCCCACUUGGAGAGUCUAAGGUCCAGCAAGCCUAGCCCUCAGCCACUGGCAGAGACCCUAACCCCUGGUCUUCCUGAGUUCCCAAGGGCAGCCUCCCAGCAGGAGAUUGAGCAGUCCAUUGAAGCCCUCAACAUGCUGAUGCUGGAUCUGGAGCCAGCCUCAGCUGCUGCCCCCCUACACAAGUCCCAGAGUGUCCCAGGGGCCUGGCCAGGGGCUUCCCCACUCUCCUCCCAGCCCUACUCUGGAUCUUCUCGCCAGUUCCAGCCACUGACCCAGUCCAGAUCUGGCAACAUCCCUACUGGGCAUUCCUUGGGAAUCACUGAGCUGGCCCCACGGGCCUCCCUGGAGUCCAUCCCACCUGGCAGGUCUUACUCGCCUUAUGAUUAUCAGCCAUGUCCAGCUGGGCCUAACCAGAGUUUCCGUCCAAAGAGCCCAGCCUCCUCCUCCUCCUCCUCAUCUGCCUUUCUUCCUAAUGCCCAUAGCCCUCCAGGGCCUAAGCAACCCCCGGCCUCUCUCCCUGGCCUCACUGUGCAACCUCAGCUCCCACCAAAGGAAGUGACUUCAGACCCAUCCCGAACUCCAGAGGAAGAGCCAUUGAAUUUGGAAGGGCUAGUGGCCCACCGGGUAGCAGGAGUACAGGCUCGGGAGAAGCAGCCUGCAGAGCCUCCAGCCCCUCUCCAGAGGCGGGCGGCCAGUGAUGGACAGUAUGAAAACCAGUCUCCAGAACCCACAUCCCCCCGGAGCCCUGGGGUCCGCUCCCCUGUCCAGUGUGUCUCCCCGGAGCUGGCUCUUACCAUUGCUCUCAAUCCUGGAGGGCGUCCCAAAGAGCCCCAUCUGCACAGCUACAAGGAGGCCUUCGAGGAGAUGGAGGCAACCUCCCCGACCAGCCCCCUGCCCAGUGGUGUACGCUCUCCUCCAGGUCUGGCCAAGACGCCUCUGUCUGCUCUGGGCCUGAAACCCCACAACCCAGCGGACAUCCUAUUGCACCCUACGGGCGUCACCAGGAAACUGAUCCAGCCAGAGCCCCGGAGCUAUGUCGAGUCUGUGGCACGGACGGCUGUGGCUGGGCCCCGAGCCCAGGAGCCCGAGCCCAAGAGCUUCAGCACCUCAGCUGCCCAAAACUAUGGCCAUGAGACGCCCCUGAAGAAUGGGGCACUGGGCGGCUCCUUUGUCUCUCCCAGCCCUCUCUCCACCAGCAGCCCCAUCCUCAGCGCAGACAGCACUUCAGUGGGGAGUUUCCCAUCUGGGGAGAGCAGUGACCAAGGCCCACGCACACCCACCCAGCCUCUGUUGGAUUCUGGCCUCCGCUCUGGCAGCCUGGGGCAGCCCAGCCCUUCAGCUCAGCGAAGCUACCAGAGCUCUUCUCCUCUCCCGACUGUGGGCAGCAACUACAGCAGCCCCGACUACUCUCUCCAGCAGUUCAACUCGUCUCCAGAAAGUCAGGCCCGGCCUCAGUUCACUGUAGCCGGCGUCCACACGGUGCCUGAGAGCCCGCAGGCACGCCACAGAACAGUGGGCACCAAUACUCCCCCUAGUCCUGGCUUUGGCCGGCGUGCCACCAACCCAAGCAUGGCUGCCCCUGGCAGCCCCAGUUUGAGCCGACAGGUGAUGGGUCCCCAUGGGAAUGUAGGAACUGUUUUCCAUGGUAACACAGUCUCUAGCCCCCAGAGCAGUGCAGCGACCACUCCGGGGAGCCCUAGCCUGGGCCGGCACUUAGCAGGAACCCCCCAGGCCUCAGGCUUCCAUGUCAAUGUGGCAUCCACUCCUGGGAGCCCGAGCCUGGGCCGGCACCCUGGAGCCCACCAAGGCAACCUGGCCUCCAAUCUCCACGGCAAUGCAAUAGCCAGUCCUGGAAGCCCCAGCCUGGGUCGUCACCUGGGAGGGUCUGGAUCUGUGGUUCCUGGCAGCCCUAGCUUGGACCGACAUGUGGCCUAUGGUGGCUACUCCACUCCAGAUGACCGGAGACCCACAUUGUCCCGGCAGAGCAGUGCCUCUGGCUACCAGGCUCCCUCCACACCCUCCUUCCCUGUCUCCCCUGCCUUCUACCCUGGCCUGAGCAGCCCUGCUACCUCCCCCUCACCGGAUUCAGCAGCCUUCCGCCAAGGAAGCCCAACACCAGCCUUGCCAGAGAAACGGAGGAUGUCAGUGGGAGACCGAGCAGGCAGCCUCCCCAACUACGCCACCAUCAACGGAAAGGUGUCCUCCUCACCUGUAGCCAGUGGCAUGUCCAGUCCCAGUGGGGGCAGCAGUGUCUCCUUCUCCCACACUCUCCCCGACUUCUCCAAGUACUCCAUGCCAGACAACAGCCCUGAGACACGGGCAAAAGUAAAGUUUGUCCAGGACACUUCCAAGUAUUGGUACAAGCCUGAGAUCUCAAGAGAGCAGGCCAUUGCACUCCUUAAGGACCAGGAGCCAGGGGCCUUCAUCAUCCGUGACAGCCACUCCUUCCGAGGAGCAUAUGGGCUGGCCAUGAAAGUGUCCUCUCCCCCUCCAACCAUCAUGCAGCAGAAUAAAAAAGAUAUGACCCAUGAGCUGGUGAGGCAUUUCCUGAUAGAGACCGGUCCCAGAGGAGUCAAACUCAAGGGAUGCCCCAAUGAGCCAAACUUUGGAUCUCUGUCUGCCCUGGUCUAUCAGCACUCCAUCAUCCCAUUGGCUCUGCCCUGUAAGCUGGUCAUUCCAAACCGAGACCCCACAGAUGAAUCGAAAGAUAGCUCGGCCUCUGCCAACUCCACCACUGACCUGCUGAAGCAAGGGGCAGCCUGCAAUGUGCUGUUCGUCAACUCGGUGGACAUGGAGUCACUCACUGGGCCACAGGCCAUCUCCAAAGCCACUUCUGAGACACUGGCUGCUGACCCCACACCAGCUGCCACCAUUGUUCACUUCAAGGUCUCCGCCCAGGGCAUCACACUGACUGACAACCAGAGAAAGCUCUUCUUCAGACGACACUAUCCUCUCAACACUGUCACCUUCUGUGCUCUGGAUCCACAGGAAAGAAAGUGGAUGAAAACGGAGGGAGGUGCCCCUGCAAAGCUCUUUGGCUUUGUGGCACGGAAGCAGGGCAGCACCACAGACAACGCCUGCCACCUCUUCGCUGAGCUUGACCCCAACCAGCCUGCCUCUGCCAUUGUCAACUUCGUCUCCAAGGUCAUGCAGAGUACCGGCCAGAGGAGAUGAGGCCCCACCCCUUGCCCAGGUCCAGGGCAGAGGGGAUGGGGCAUGUUGGGGGGGACCCAGGAAUCACGACCACCCUUGAAUCCAGAAGGAGGACUUUGGGCCAGUUUUGGUGAAGGAGAGAAGAAAGUGCAACGUGGGGAGAGGAAAGUGUAUUGCAGAGUGGAGGGGGUGAGAGAGGAGAGAGAGAAGGAGAGGAAAAGAUGGAGGAGAAUAAUUUCGAUUCCCCUAGGUCGAUGGAAACUGCAAAAACCCCAAAGCCUCCAAAUCCCACCAGGUCCAUCUAACUGCCUUCACCCCUCUGAGCAGCUGGAGCUCCUCAAAGGGCAUGGAACAAGCCUCCUUUGAGAUCCAUGUUUUUGAGGGAAAUGAAAAUCCCCAUCUCCCGAACCCAACUGCUUUGCAAGGAGACCUCAAGCUCAGAGAUCCCUUCUCUGGAGGGCAGGCCUGACCACACAGGGCCAGCAGGGGGUAUCGAG